CGUCCGAGCGUCAGGAGGAAGAGAAGGAGGGACACAGCCGACAAGUAGGCAACGUUACCUUCGCUGCUUCUUUGUCGAAAUUCCUUUGAAAAUAUAUCAUCUUCACUGCUGAAAAAAGGAGGAGGACGUUUUCGACAUCUCGCUUCUCUUCCACAAUGGCAGAACAAAACAGCAACGUCAGAUAUCAAGAGCUGGUGAAUGAGGAAGAGCCCGCCCAGUCAUCACAGGAGGGUCCCGCCCCGGACGCACCACCACCCUACAGCAGCAUUGCUGCAGCAAAUGCAGCUUUCUUUGAAUACAAAGAAGACGGAAGCAGGUUCCCUAACCCCCCCUCCUACAGCGUUGCCACCAGUUUACCCUCCUACGAUGAAGCUGAGAGAAGCAAAGAAGAGGCAGCCGUCCCCCUGGUCACUGGAAGAGUCACGGAGGACGACUUCGUGGCCAGGGAUGAUUUUGAAGAUGCCGACCAGCUGAGAAUAGGAAAUGACGGCAUCUUCAUGCUGACUUUCUUCAUGGCAUUCCUGUUCAACUGGAUCGGCUUUUUCUUGUCUUUCUGUUUGACCACUUCAGCUGCUGGCCGGUACGGGGCCAUCUCAGGCUUCGGCCUGUCACUCAUCAAAUGGGUUCUUAUCGUCAGGUUUUCAACCUACUUCCCUGGUUACUUUGAUGGGCAGUACUGGUUGUGGUGGGUGUUCCUGGCCCUUGGCUUCAUGCUCUUCGUCAGAGGCUUUGUGAACUACUCCAGAGUGCGUAAACUGGCUGAUCCCACUUACGCCACUCUUCCCCGAACAAGAGUACUCUUCAUCUAUUAGAGGAACUCGGCUAUUGAAGAACCGGACAACACGUGCUGCAGCUCCGUGAAGUGUUUCAGAUUUAAGAGAAGACACUAAACAACAAUUUGGCCAGACGUGUUAUAGAUGAAGACAAGUGUGGAUGAAAUAUUCAGGAUUUAUAUCACUUGUUUUAUUUUAUUGUUUUUGGAACUUUAUUAAUGGAAGAUGGUUAACAGUAAUAGUCCCUCAAUGUACUCAUUAGUGGCGAAUGUUAAGUGCUAUUUACAUCUCUGUCUGUAACGUAAAAGUGAUGCCUUAUAUCAUUUGGUGGUAGCGUACAAGCAUGCAUCUGCCCUUAAGGUCGAUAAUUAGGGAGAGUCUCAUGUUGGUGACACUUGGAAGCGAUCAGGUAUUAAUGGAACAACACUCGCUAGAUUUGCCGUAGCAUGAUGCAACACGCGUAGUAAUCUGCACUUAUCUGACUCCAUGGUUUUAUUGUGGCUUUUAGAGGCUGUUUUUAGAAACCACAUGCACUCAAAAAACAAGCUUUCAUUCGGCUGUAAAUGCUGAUACACUGAUAUCCAUUGAUUUCUCUCACCUGUUGGCUUUAAAUAGUGUUACCCUUGUUCUUAGCCAGGAGGGGGCAGUGUUGUCUACUGCUGUUAAAUUGUUCAUGAAGGGCAUCAUCAUACAGGAACGUACAUGCUUGUGAUUUAAAACAGUGUCAGUCGAGCGCCCCAAAUGACAUCGGUGUUUUCUGAAGUUAUGGUUUGGACCUGUUAAAUGUUUUGUUCUACUUGAAAUCAGGUAAAAUGAUCCACCCUGGAAACAGUUUUGGUUUAUAAAUAUGAUGUGAAAUGAUCCAGUUUGAGUUCUUAAAAUAGAAAACGCCAGAAACCAGAUGGCCAUGAAUGUCAGGAGACAAACCCUCAGAGCAGGUCAGCUGACAGAGAAGGGACACUGAAGUUUUGGACACUUGCAGCAACCACGAUGAUAUUUUUUUCUGUGUAUAUGAGCACAUUUUCUGGUUCAUAUCCUCAAACAGCUCAUGUAGAUGUGAGAGCCUGACCUUUCCAUGACUCUGCAGUGAGUCAGUGGAGUCAGCGUCUCAUCCUCUGUCAGUGGAAAAGCUCUAUGAUUAGAGGAGAGGGUUUCUGUGUGUCUGGAUUUCAGCCGUUAAUGAUUUCCCUCAGACAUUUGUAACAAAUUAUCCAAAAGCAUUAAAAUAACUCAAAUUCCAUUUUCAGGUGGUACUUUUGCCUUAAGAUUAAAUUGACAGGUGUUUAUUUUUCCUUUCUCUAUAAUCUUGAUUUAAGAGGUGUAAGAUGUUAGCUGUUCUGUGGGUAUCAAAUCUAUAUCAAAGAAUGUUUUGUAUGCAGGUGCACUUUUAGAAACAUAGCCAAUAAAACCCAGAGGUCAUUCCCAUCAUGACUUAAACACCCAGACAUAUAGAACAAGGAAUGAAUGAUGCAGGAUUUAGUUUCCUUGUUAAAUUGUGGAAUAAGCUGGAGUUUUUAAUUUAACCUCGGUUGUCAAUGGAAGGAAUUAGUGUGGAUUAAAGUCUGGCCCUGCAAACUGAACAGUUAGCCUUAUCAGUUAACUCCAUACAUCUGCCAUGGCUUUGAUACAGACUCAUUGUGCUUCUUUCUAUGGCAUGUAGAGCUGCAACCCUUGGGUUUUGUUGAUAUGAAUCUGUACAGAAAACGGUAAGUGUUAAAUAAACGUCACUUUUAAUGUCUCAA